AGGGUAAACCGCCACUCUAAGCGACAGAUGGAAAAGGAAGGGCACAGAGAGAAAAUCAAAAUCAAAUCAAGUAGACAAAAGUGAUAAGAACCAGAAGAAGCAUUCAUGGCUGCUUCUAGGGAGAAAAGAAGAGCAUCUCUGGAAGAAACGUUGCAACAACUUCGCGAUGUCACAAACUCCACUGCUUUGAACAAAGCCUCAAUUAUUGUAGACGCCUCAAAAUACAUAGAGGAGUUGAAACAAAAAGUGGAGGGACUGAACUCAGAGCUGGAAAUCGCGGAAUCAUCAACAACCACUCAAAUUGAUGAACUACCUAUGGUAAUUGUGAAAACCCUAAAAAAGGGUUUCCUGAUUAAUGUGCUUUUAGAAAAGAAUUGCCCUGGAAUGCUCGUCUCUAUACUCGAAGCCUUCGAAGAACUUGGCCUUGAUGUGCUUGAUGCUAGGGUUUCUUGUGAAGACAGUUUCCAGCUAGAAGCUGUGGGAAGAGAAAGUCACAAGAACGACAGUGUUGACGCGCAAGUGGUAAAGCAAGCAGUGUUGCAAGCAAUCAAGAACGCGGACUAAUCAAAGGAAGCACACGGAUUAGAAAAAAGAUUGGAAAAAAAAAAAAACAAGUACCGUUUUUUGUCUUGUUUAAGCUUAAAAUUUGCACAUGAACUGAAAGAAAUUUGUGAUUGCAUGUUCUGCCAAAACCUCAUGAGUUACCUCUUCAAUGACCCUUACAUAUUGAUAUGGCUUAUCAUCAUCUUCUUGGACAGUGCGAAAUGAAUGAAUGGACAUGCAUCGUCCAACUUGAUAUGUAUAUAUAGUGCCAUUUUGGCAUUCAGUGGGUGGGGAAGACAAUAGACAAAACAUACCCUAUUGGCAGAAGAAAUGCAUGUUUAUUAUCCCUUUAAUUAUUAGCAGCAAGCAUAAGUUGACAUUUUUA